CGCCCCCGCCAGGACGUGCGAGAAGCGACGGCGCAGCACGGUGCGGCGCAGCCCCAGCUCCCCUUCUCCCCUUGCUGGGCGUGAGGUGUCUAUGGGGCACCCGCUGCUGCCGCCGCUACCGCCACCGCCACCGCCGCUGGUUGCUGUCUCUAUGGCGAGGAGGAGGAGGAGGAGCGCGAGCUCAGCGACACAAGUACAAAAAUAAAGGAUAAAGUAUUUUAUGAAACAAAUCUUCAAUCAAGUAUAACAUUUUGAUGCUUGGCAUCUAGACUUCUUGUGCCCUCACUAUGCCAGCAGCAACUGUAGAUCAUAGCCAAAGAAUUUGUGAAGUUUGGGCUUGCAACCUGGAUGAAGAGAUGAAGAAAAUUCGUCAAGUUAUCAGAAAAUAUAAUUACGUUGCUAUGGAUACCGAGUUUCCAGGUGUGGUUGCAAGACCUAUUGGAGAAUUCAGGAGCAAUGCUGACUAUCAGUACCAACUAUUGCGAUGUAAUGUAGACUUGUUAAAGAUAAUUCAGCUAGGACUGACAUUUAUGAAUGAGCAAGGAGAAUAUCCUCCAGGAACUUCAACUUGGCAGUUUAAUUUUAAAUUUAAUUUGACGGAGGACAUGUAUGCCCAGGACUCUAUAGAGCUACUAACAACAUCUGGCAUCCAGUUUAAAAAACAUGAGGAGGAAGGAAUUGAGACCCAGUACUUUGCAGAACUUCUUAUGACAUCGGGAGUGGUCCUCUGCGAAGGGGUCAAAUGGUUAUCAUUUCAUAGUGGUUAUGACUUUGGCUAUUUAAUCAAAAUCCUGACCAACUCUAACUUGCCUGAAGAAGAACUUGACUUCUUUGAGAUCCUUCGAUUAUUUUUUCCUGUCAUUUAUGAUGUGAAGUACCUCAUGAAAAGCUGCAAAAAUCUCAAAGGUGGUUUACAGGAAGUUGCUGAACAGUUAGAGCUGGAACGGAUAGGACCACAGCAUCAAGCGGGAUCUGAUUCAUUGCUCACAGGAAUGGCCUUUUUCAAAAUGAGAGAAAUGUUCUUUGAAGAUCAUAUUGAUGAUGCCAAAUAUUGUGGUCAUUUGUAUGGCCUUGGUUCUGGUUCAUCCUAUGUACAGAAUGGCACAGGGAAUGCAUAUGAAGAGGAAGCCAACAAGCAGUCAUGACAUGAAAUAGUCCUUUUAUUUUUAUUUGAGCUACACACAAACUUGUAUAUAGGUUUUAUCUCUCGUUGAAUCCCUUGAACAAUAGAUAUUACUAUUUUUUUUUCUUUCAUAGCCCAUUUUAUUUUCUGCCUUUCAGUACUAGUAUGACCAUUCCUAUCUCAGAUCUUAAUAAAUAGAAAAGCAUUCAGGUUAAAUUUGGCCUUAACUUAAUAUACUUGUUAGCAGGCAUGUGUGACAGAGAGUGGGGAAACCCGUAUCAUACUGAAUAUUUUGAUAAACUUCACCUGCUUGGGCUUGGUUUGUUUUUCCCCCUUCCUAAAUUAACUAGCACUGACUGUAAUUUAUUUCCCUGUUUCAUGUCUCCCUUCUAUUCUGCAGGAGUUUUAGCUAUUUGAGAUUGUGGACCAUCAAUUUUGCACUUUAGAGAGUGAUUCUGACUCAAAUCCUCUGUUUUAUCAGAAAUUUUGGCUUUUCUUGCUCUUAGCUGGAAAAAUGACCAUCUGCCAACCUUAUACAGUAUUUACUUGUUUUUGACCCACGGAAAUAGCACUUGCAUUGUGCAAACGGUUGAUUCAGCAAGACUACAAAAAAAAAAGUGAACAAAAAACUACUGAGAGCUUAGUAACUGCUGUUUCUGUACGUGGUGUUUAAUCUUCCAAGCACAUCUAGUGUCUGUCAGUUUCUCAUUGGCAUGUGUAGGCUGCUCUGUGACUGAAGAAUUUUUCAAACCAGCUUUACACCCUUCAGGAAAAAUCCCUUGUGAUUGGAUGUUUAAUGUCUGCCAGGAAACUGGCAUCCAAGAUAAUUGAAGCCGCCAUUAUUUUAUGAUAGCACACUUCCCUUUGAUCUGCUUCUUCUUACUCUGUCACUGUUUACCUUAUUUUUAAUUUUUUAAACAUUUUAUAGCCAUACUUACGAUGCUCUUGCUUUGUUGAUUCCACAAAUCAAUUUCAUUAAAGUCCAAAGAUAGCAAGUCUUUAGGUAUGUAUUGUACCAAAUUAAAUUAGAAGACAAAAAAUUGUGCUUUCAUAGUUAUUACAAAGAUAAAUAAUGAAGAGAUUUGGUGCAAAAAACAAAACACAAAAAUAUAUUCUAUAUAUAAAGCCAUAUAUGUGUGUGUGUGUAUAUAUAUAUGGCUAUAUAUAUAGCUAAUUACCUGAGGAGUGUAAUGCUUGUUUAUUUUUUUGUGUAUAUCUUUGCAAUCUAUUUUAUAUAUAUUGACAAAAGAGAUUGAAAUAUUUAGCCAUGCAGAAUAUGUGACCAGACCAGAGCAUGUGUAGGAAGACAUUUUGGUAAUCAUUAACUCUUCCCUGAAAUGAUAGACUACACGUUAUGAUGUGUGUCACCUACAUUUGAAUCAGUAAUACUAGCAAAUCUUAAAAUGUUAGCCACACUGGUUUGUUUUCUUUGUACAUUAUUCAUUAUAUUACAAUGCUGUAACUGGGUGGUCCUUUUUAAACAAAACGUUAUUUGCAAAACAGAGGGUAUUAUUUGUUUUUAAAGCUUUUGUAAAUAAAGCCUUCAGAAAUGUUUUCUUAUA